AUGCAAGUACAGCAACCCCCACCCUCGCACCCAGCCUCGCACCCUCGCACCCUCGCACCCACCCGCCUCGCCGGCCGUCCGCACGUCGUCCUAGAGACCGAGACGUGCGCGGAACAGGGCCUUUCCAGCAGCACCCCCCGUACCCCCUCGGCCCUAACCCGUCCACGCUUCGCGUCUUCGAGUUCUCGCACGAUAGCCUAUCGUAAUCCUCGCCCGCUCGCUUGCAAAUACCGCCGGGCCAGACCCCCCACGAUCCACGGAGACGCGCGCCAGAUGCUGUAUACUGUAAUGAACCGUCCCGACCGUCCGUGCAUCUUGUAUACCGUACCGUACCGCGCCCCGCCAGCCCCCGUGUAA